GUGCUUUCCAUGAUAUGUUCUCUAUAUUAAAAAAUUAUGACAUCAGCAUCCAAAGGAAUUCUCCGCCCAUUUUUAAUUGUCUGCAUUAUCCUGGGCUGCUUUAUGGCAUGUCUUCUCAUUUACAUCAAGCCCACCAACAGCUGGAUCAUCAACCCAAUGGAGUCAACCAGCUCAGUGCUGAAAAUGAAAAAUUUCUUCACUACCAAAACUGAUUAUUUUAAUGAAACUACUGUUCUGAUUUGGGUGUGGCCAUUUGGGCAGACCUUUGACCUUACCUCCUGCCAAGCAAUGUUCAACAUCCAAGGAUGCCAUCUCACAACAGACCGCUCUUUGUACAAUAAAUCUCACGCAGUUCUGAUCCAUCACCGAGACAUCAGUUGGGAUCUGACUAAUUUACCUCAGCAGGGUAGGCCACCCUUCCAGAAAUGGAUUUGGAUGAAUUUGGAAUCACCAACUCACACACCCCAAAAGAAUGGCAUUGAGCACCUAUUCAAUCUCACUCUGACUUACCGCCGUGACUCAGAUAUCCAAGUGCCUUAUGGCUUCUUGACGGUGAGCACAAACCCCUUUGUGUUUGAAGUGCCAAGCAAAGAGAAGUUAGUGUGCUGGGUUGUAAGUAACUGGAACCCUGAGCAUGCCAGGGUCAAGUAUUACAAUGAGCUAAGCAAAAGCAUUGAAAUUCAUACCUAUGGGCAAGCAUUUGGAGAGUAUGUGAAUGAUAAAAAUUUGAUUCCUACCAUAUCUACCUGUAAAUUUUAUCUUUCCUUCGAAAACUCAAUCCACAAAGAUUACAUAACAGAAAAGCUCUACAAUGCUCUUCUGGCUGGCUCUGUACCUGUUGUUCUGGGGCCACCUAGGGAAAACUAUGAAAAUUAUAUUCCAGCAGAUUCAUUCAUUCAUGUGGAAGAUUUUAACUCUCCCAGUGAGUUAGCAAAGUAUCUGAAGGAAGUCGACAAAAACAAUAAGUUAUACCUUAGUUACUUUAACUGGAGGAAAGAUUUCACAGUAAAUCUCCCACGAUUUUGGGAAUCACAUGCAUGCUUGGCUUGUGAUCAUGUGAAGAGGCAUCAAGAAUAUAAGUCUGUUGGUAAUUUAGAAAAAUGGUUUUGGAAUUAG